AUGCCCAUCAGCGGCCCUCCUCCGGCAUAUCCCCCGUCGCGUGAACUGCCUUCGCUAAACUCGAUUCAGCGAGCAGGCAGUUCCGGGAGCUCCAUGUCGAUUUCUUCUAUGCUUGGUGGUCCCCCAUCUCACGUACGAGACGCCUCUGCUUCGGGCCCUCCGACAGCCGGCCCUGGGGGUACCUACGUGUCGCCAAUUCACGCGUCGCCUCGCAUAUCUUCGGCCGCGACAGAUUAUGGCCCCUACCGACGGCCGCAGACGCCGCCCGAACAUCAGCGACCCCCAUAUGAUGGGAAAGAUCCUAGGGGGCCCAGCUCAAACGUUGCUGCCUCACCCCAGCAACAAACAUAUGUGACCACUCCCGAGAUACCCCGAUACGGCACUCCCCAGUCGUAUCCUCAUCAACACGGCCCUCCGAAUGACCAGCAAGUCCGGAUGGCUGCUGUAGCGAUUCCUCCUCGUCCCGGUAGCAUACCACCUACCCGACCUCUGGAUCAGCACAGCAGGCUUGGAGGUCCCCCUCCUGGACACUCGGAGCCCAUGUACUCCGCGCGCGGCCCUGAAUACAGUCCCGAAAAGCACGGUCGGAACCACAAGUACGAGGAUCAACCACCGCAACACCAGCGCGCUCUACCAUACUUGUCGGAAAGAGAACGAGAACGAGAGCGUGAGCGUGAGCGGGAAUGGGAGCGCGAACGCGAGCGUGAACGCGAGCGUGAACGGGAACGGGAGCGUGAACGAGAACGGGAGCAGCGAGAAAGACAGGCUCACGAAUUAGAGCUGGUCGGGAGAGAGAGAAGAGACCGGGCUACGACAAUCGGAUCAGAUCCCGGUCGUCCGCCUCAAAGCGUGCAUGCGUCGGAGUACAUGCAUCGGCCUCAGCAGUCGUCUACCUAUGGCCGUCAACCAGAACUCCGCGAACAUCUCUCUUGGCCACGCCAGCCCUACGACCAGCCGCGACCGUACGAUCAUGGAACGCGGCCCAUUGAAUACCCACCCUCUUCGACGCCUUCCCAAAAUCCGUCGCAGUUCUCUCUUGGACAAGUGCCGCCUCAAGACCACUAUUCAAACUCAUCGAAACAGAUCGCACCGGGCCCUCGUUCGCGCCCUCUAGAGGAUAUCCCGCCACCACCAUCCGUCGCUUAUAGUGGCAGUGGGGGUAUCAUGGGGGGAAUAUCCUCUAGCACUGUUUCUGCUCAUGAGCCCUCGCGCAAUCGUCUAGCUGAAGACAACUCUCACCACGUACCGCGCAAUUUGUUGACGAUACAGGAAAUCAGUCGAAAGGGUCGCGUCUCCCCACUGCCACAGGCCGUCCAGGGUGCCCAGCCACAAAUUCAUGGUCCUGCUGGUCAGCCGGCUAUAAAGAGCGAGUUCGGCCGCAUGUUUGCGGGCAUUGGAAAUAUGGUCGGCAUGGGUCUCGGAAGCCCGAUCUCGGUUGGCUCCUCCCCAUUCGGUUCAACGUCAGGUGGCAACAGCGGAGCUGCACUACGCCGAGAAGACCCAGAUUAUACCCCACAAGAAUUGAACGUCGACUCAGCCAAUAAGAAUGGCUCGAGGAACAAGCGUCGCAAGGUGAAAGAAGAGGAAGGGAAAAUCGAUGAGGACAAUGGUGGAAGGGUCACACCAAUGGGCAAAUCGAAGCGGGUGAAAGCCGUCCAUCACCAUCACCAGAAAGACACCAAUGGGCGGAGCGUCGUCAGCAAAAAGGCAAUCGGUGUCUCAUACGAGGCAAACACAACUGAGCCCGAAGAGAGCAAGCGCUAUCCGACUGUGCUAACAGCGCCACCAAAAUCGGGUCCUAUGGAGAUUCCACCGGAGAAAGAUCUUCACGUCACAUUGCUCGUGCUGCCAGCUCUCGAAAAAUAUAGCUCGACCACGCGCUUUGGUAUCCGGAGCCGGGAAUGGGGUGGCGAGCCUCACGGAUGGCGUCAACCGCACGAUGGCCUCAGCUUUAUGGUCAUUGGUAUACGCUGGGUCACCAACGGAGCAGGCGCUCAGAGCCGUCUUCGUGGCAAAGCCCGCCGGGAACGAAUCCGCCAGGCUAUGCGCGAGAUUGAGAUCUCUCCUAGUGGAAAGUUGUCCGGCAUGUUCACAAUCGGAAUUUCUGACAGUGUCGAUGGAGGACCUGUCGGGUUCUCCAGUGAUUGGUGGCGCUCGGCACGAAAACCUGCAACCAACCACGAUAAAGAAAACCAUCCCGAAACUGUAUGCUCUCUGCGGGCUGGCGAAGCGAGAAAAUAUGAGAGUCAGGCUGUUUGUGAUCGCCAGUCACGGAGCAGCAACAACGGGGGAGGCUUUGAGAAAGGCGGUAGCACUGACGAAGAGCAUGGCACUGAACCUGGCAACGACUCUACUAUCAUUGAAGAGGACAAGGAGGCUGACAUGGAUGCCGACGGCAAUCACCACAGCUCAGACAAGGGUUCGGACGGAACACACGCGACGACCGUAGUGGAUAGGAAUGGUGGCAACGACUUAACAACCCCGACUGAACGCGGGUCAGACAAUACCGAAGUUGGCGAGACCGCGGAACCUCCAUCAGGAGAGCCUACGUUGAAGCAAAUAGGCACUAAACAACCUGAGGGGGGUGAGGCCGACAAGGAAAGUUUGGAAGUGGGCGACACAGCCAUGACAGAUUAG